CCGCAGGAAAAAUGACGAAGGCUUUUCAGGGCUUCGAUUUCAGUUUCUUAAACGACGAAGAAGCCCGGAAGAUCCUUCAGGUGCUGGAAAGAAAUGAGGAGCUCCAGCGGGCAGAGAAGGACAGGAUCAGCAAACUCCAGAAAACAAAGAGGGAUAUCAGAUGGCUUCAUGGAGUCACUGGCGAAUGGUUUGAAGAAAUUCAAAGGAAAAAGUUCUGCAAUGAAGCAGAUGUUAGCCAAAUGUUAAAACAACCACUUACAUACAGGCUAAGGAGAGGAAUGGCUGAAAAAAAUCCUGUGGAACUACAAACAUCAAGAUCUAAAAAUAUGCCUCAUCAAAGAAACACAACAUCCUUUUCUUCUCGGCUGAGCUUCAGGUCAUCCUUUGCUUCCCUGUUCUCAUUCAGAAAAUCCAGAAAGGACUUAAAGCUUCAGUCAUUGGGACUGAAAGGAUGUGACAGCCAUGCAGGACCUCCUGUGUCUGUGAGGGGGACUGCUUCGCAGGCAAAAAUGUACAAUUCACCUCUGGAAAAUCAAGCAGUUGGCAGUGCCUUUGUUCCCAAGCCAGCAGACAUGAGGGAGGGAAGUCACACACCUCCCUGGGAUAAUUCAUUGCUGGAGAAUGAGUUUUUUCAAGUUUUAGAUGAUUUGGAUAGCAAACUGGCUCAGGAACAAUUUUCAAGCUCAGUGAAUACCAGAACACCUUUCAACUAUGGAUCAAGAACACAACCCAGUUAUUUUCACUCCACUGGGAAUAGACGUGGUAACACCACAGGAAGAGACAAAAAUCACUAUAAUGAAACUUCUAAUAUGUCAAUCUAUGACAUCCUGAGACCAGGAACCCCUAGGGAAGGUUUUAAAACCUUUUCUCCUAGAACAAAAACAAUUUAUGACAUGUACAGGACAAAGCAGUCCAGAGUUAUAACAGAAGAUUAUAUGCAAAAGAACACUUUUGGGAGUACUUCUCUAUGUCUUGACAGCCAGCAACGAUCAGCCUCGUCGGCUGCAGGGCAUUUCACAGCAAGAAGCCUGCAUUUUCCAGGCACAGUUCAGAGCAAGAGUGGGUUUAAACCCCCAAACUAUCAACAGAGCCCAAAGAGGACUCCUUUAUCAUCCAUCAUAUGGAACAGAUCAGAUUCUUUUAGAGAUAGACAGAACCAAGAAGUGUUCUUAGAGGCUCCAUCACCAAUGGAAAUUGACCUGUCUAAUCAGCGUACGAAUCCCAGGUGCUUUCGGGAGAAUACAAAAUAUGAAUUUUAUCGUUCACAGAGUUUCUACCAGAAUGUUAGUUUAAAUGCACCCAUGGAUAAUGCAAUGAGUUCUGACCCAUUUGAGAACUCAGAGAACAUGCCUUUCUAUACUCAAAAUAACCCAUUUGCUAGGACUUUCUUUAGUAAUACGUUUGGGCAAAACAGGGAACAGAUGUUUGGACAAAGUCCUUUUUGGGGCCAACAGGAAGAACAUUCUUCCUGGUCAGACUUUCAUCAAAGCAGAAAACCAUUCAUUUUUUCUGAUAGAGACUUUGAAAUGAUCUCUAUUGAAGAAAAUCAUGCACCCACUGGUCACAGCCAUCAUGUUCCUUCUCAAGACAGAGGACCAUUUUCUCACAGUUACAGGUCAAAUAUUUUUAGAGACCAAAAAGAGUCACAUCCCUGGCAGUUUGAUCCUCAGACAUGCGCACCAGAGAACAUGGAGGUGCCACAAGAUAAUGAUCACCAAUCGACUCUUCAUUUCAAUACACCAAAUGUUUAUUCCACGGCUGAUUCAAGAUAUCACAUUAAAUCUGGUGGAUUAGGAUAUCAAAAGGAAAGUUCUCCUACAGAAAGGCAUAUAAACAAGGACCCUUAUUCAUUUGGAAUAAGGGUCCUAGCAUCCUCAUUCAAAACUUCACUCCCCCAGAUUUAUGAUGAUAAAAGGAAUUCUCAGAGUCCCAUCUUUCAGAAUCCCACAAUUAAUAUGCAGAAAACUAUUCCCAGUAAGUCUGUCUGUCUACCAAGAAGAAGCUAUACAGAGGCCACUGUAACCAACAGUGACUCAAAUCAUUAUCCGCCUCUUACUGAAAGUCAAGUCAAUAUCUUGGUCACAGAUGUGAGUAAUGAAAAAGACUUGAAUGAAUCUAUUUUGGAAAAAAGCCAACAACUAAACAAGAUGGACCAGACAAGCAUGGCAGGUGAAAUACUUCAACCUAUAUCACAGACAGUGAUCUCUAACCCUUUACCUGAUUUUCAAAACUCCCUCACCCAGGACUCAGUGAAAAGUGACAGGUUUGCUUUUAACACAUCUACCACAAUAAGUUCAAAAAGGUCACCUAGCAUCAGUUCUAAGAAAGAUAACCCCAAACUGUGUACAUCACAUAGAGAUAAAGCCAGUGGAUUUAAAAAAGGUAAUAGUUGUAUUGCGAACCCAAAACUUGACUCUGCAGUUUCCCUUCCUUUCAUUCAGGAAAGCAGAGCAACAUCAUCUUUUCCAAGCCCAAAUCAAGAUUGUCACCAAGAACAAACUGAAAAUAAUGAAGUUACUUCAGGCAUUCUUCAAAAUAACCACAGUGAGUCUGUACCCACUGAUAAACAAAAUACACAAUCUCCAGAAAAGUCUGCUGUUUUAGAUGCCAGGGAAGAACAAUAUAAGACAACUCAUUCUGUCAACUGUAGCAAGUCAGUUUCUGGUCCCAGUAUGUCAGAUGAGUCUUUAGGUCUUUCAUCAAGUACAUGCUCAGAUUCCUUACUUGUGAAUAAUUCUAUUCUUGAUGCCCCAGCAAUUACUUCUACUAUAGCUUUCUCUGGGAGAAGUCCUUCAGGCCCAGAUCCAUCUCUGGAAGAAAGAGGGGAAAAAGACUGUGAUAGCAAGAACCAAAAAAAUCAGUUUGCCUCAAACCACUUUGGGAACCAAAAGAGUAAUGAGAGGGAUGUGCCUAUACAUAAUGAAAUGGUUGGUGUUGCCAAAUACGACUCACACCUUCCUUUAUGGGCUAGAAAGGGACGAGGAAAAGUAAGACAGCGCAUAUCUUGUAUUGAAAAUUUGAACAAAACAGAAAAUAGAUCAACAGCCAUAAGUGACAACAGUGAUCCCAUUGAGGUGAAUCAAAGCAAUUUUAAGGCUCCUGAGCCUCACACAACGUAUUGCACCCUUCCAAGAAAAUCAGCCAGUAUUCUUAACAGCAGGAAGUCAGACAGUGAUACAAUGACUUCUUCCCUUAGGAAUAAACCAGUCCCAUUCCAAACCAAGAACACUGUGGAAAAGCCUAGGGGACAAUACACAUCAAACAAAUUCAGUCUCAGUUCUUUGGAUUCAGAAAAUAAGUUUUCCAGAGUGGUUUUAGACUUUGUUCCAGUAGCAACUACAGCUACAGAGGGGGUGGCAAAUAAGAAAACUAUCGAAUCUCCUUCUGUUAGGAAAAAGACACUUCCUUUCCUCAUCAAGAGGGCUGUGUCAUGUCCUUCAGGGGUGCCAUAUGCUGCAAAUGGAAGAGAUGGAAAGGAGCGAUGCUUGGCCUCAGACUCUGGUGCUCCUGCUGCAGCACCAGUGCACUGGGAAAGAGUUACUAGCCCUCUGAAAAGUGACUCAGCUGUUAAGGAUUAUUCUUUAACCGAAAGAUACCACCAAAAUGACUGCUUUCAAGAAUGUACUGAGAGGGAUAGUGAAAAUGCUGACACCAGGACAUUUUCACUUUCAAAUGAAGACCCUUUACCUUUUUCUUCAGACAUGUCAGAGCAAGAAAGUUGGAAAUCAUUACAUAAAUGGAAGACUACCAGUACGUUUUCUGUUUCUGGUGAUGAAGAUAAUGUAAAAUGUCUCGAGGUAGUUUCAAUAUAUUACACUCUACCGAGGAAACAUGGCAAAAAGAUUGGUAGUCUCCUACAAAAGUGUACACAGAAUACAAAUUCAUUUACAGAGUCACCCAAAGUAGAGGCUGAUGCUUUCAAGAAAAAUGACCUAAAUCAUUCAACACAAGAACAGGUAGGAACAUCUUCAUCUGAAGACCUGAAUAUGCUGGUCAACUCCGCUCAGAACAACCACUGCCUUUCUCACACCACUGGAAAUAGGACAGUUUUACAAUCACCAAAUGUUGGGUCCUCAUCUGUUUCCCUUCAUAAAGGAGACUCUAAAACUAGAGAGAUGUUCUUAGAUCACUUAUCUAAGUCAACCCUAAGUGAUUCACAAAGCAGGAAAGAAAGAGAGAAAAAACUGCAAAGUGAAACCCUACAUAGGUCACCAGUGCUUCCGGGGAAAAAAGUAAAAGCAAAAUCUGAAAGUCAUCAACAGUGCAUUAAGUCAGCCAACAGUGGUCCUGCUAGUUCUCUGGCUCAUUCAGAGGAGACUUCUCAAACCCUAAGAAAUUUGGGAGCACAUUCAUGUAGUGACAUAGCCAUCACAGCUGCUGGGAAUGGAAAUGGUCUUCAGAAAGAUGUUAUGAGCAUAACUACUGAUGACAGUGCCAAUGAAUUACAGCCCAAGGAACUCAGAGGGGAAAUUGAAACACAUUUCCAAAGACCAACUGAUAAAGCACUUUGUGAUUCAGAAACCCAAGUCUUUGCUCUUCCUCCAGCUUUGCAUAAACUACAACUUGAUGAGGAAACUCACUCAAGUGAACUGGAUUUAAAGAUUCUGCACUCUGAACCUAGAAAAUUACCUCAGAGAAGCCAGGACAUGAAUAUGAAAAAUAAAACCAAUUUGGAUGAUCUAGAAAAGGAAGACACCAAAUCUUUAGCUAAACACCGAUUGACAGCUGUGUGCAAAGCAAGCAGAAAAUUCCCAGCUAAAGGUUUAAGUCCCAGAAGACAUGUAGCUACUAUUUUCCCCCAAAGUGGGAACAAUUCUGACUUCAGCCAGUUAUCUCUUGACACACAGCUUGUUCCAAAGUCCACAGACUCCAGUGGUGGAAGCAGGUUGAGUGACAGUGGAGUGGAUAUGGAAACAUCUGAGAACCCUCCUCAGGUUACUGUACUAUCCAGUAGGGAAGCUUCUACCCACAUGAGCAAUCAAGAGUCUGACAACAUUUCACAGCCGCAUCAGAAUGAAUUUGAUAAUAUCUCACAGUUGCCACCAAAGUGUGAAAAUUCUAAAAAUGUAGCAGAAGUUCAGAUUUGGGGAGGAGAGUCAGAUUUCAUGGACCACCCUGCAUUCAUCAACUUCACUGAAGCAGACUUUUCUGACUAUCAGAGGAAAAUGAACACUCCUUGUUCACUGGAGCCUGCACUGCAAUCUGCAAUACAUUCACAACUACAAAGGAGAGGUCCAUCUCUGGAGUGGGAACCUGAGCCACUCCCCUAUCGUUCUAAGAGUCUGAAAAACAUUCAUUUGCACGGUGAUGGGCUGCGCAAAAGUCAGCCUCCAAAAGCCAGGGAGCGCCACUUUUCUGAAAGCACUUCUAUUGAUAAUGCACUGAGCAGACUGACCCUUGGGGAUGAAUUCUCUAACAACAGUAGGUACAGUCGAAGGUUCAAAUCUUUUUCUGAACUUCCCUCCUGUGAUGAAAAUGAGAGUUGGACUAAUCUGUGUCCCAGAUCUGCCACAUCUAUUUCCAGACCUAUUGACUAUGGGAUUUUUGGAAAAGAGCAGCAGUUGGCAUUCUUGGAGAAUGUGAAGAGGUCACUCACACAAGGAAGGCUAUGGAAGCCAAGUUUCCUUAAGAACCCUGGCUUUCUAAAAGACGAGGUAAUUAACCCUCCUAAUUCAGUGGAGUCCUCAAGCACAAAUGUUCCUUGCAAUGAGUUGCCAGAAGACCAUUUAUCACCAAGUGCUCCACUUAAUAUCUAUGAAGAAGAUCCUAUGGACUCAGACAGUGACACAGACACAACCACAGAUGAUGAAUAUUACCUGGAUGAAAAUGAUAAAGAGUCAGAAUUGUGAAAUGUUCUCAGUAACAUGCAGAACCUUUGCAUCAAAAGUUUGUAAUGGGAAUAAAAUGUAAAUGUGGGUGUCUAUGGGAAAGACAGAUGUAUAGACGGGCAGUACCUACCCAGACACCAUCUGGAUUCUCUUAUUACUCCCCCUUCAUGUCCAACAUAUACACUUCCUGAGUUCUAGACCAAGGUGUUCUUGUUUUCAGGGAUUCUCUGUUGUUGUUGUUUUCUUUGCUGAUAUCCUUGCCUCCCCCACCAGCACUGUUCAAUUUUGGUUUUCUGCAUACUUUACUUUUUUUUUUUUUUUUACUGCUUCCAUUGUGGUUUGCAACCCUAACGUCCCUGACACAUGCAAACCUUACCCAGCAGAACUGCAAAAACUCUAUUGCCUUUCAGAUAUAAGCUCCCUAUUCAUGACACUAAAAUGUGGGGAUGAUGACAAAUGCAGAAAUAUUGCCAUUCUAUUUGACUCACCAACAUUUAAGAGGUUUAAAGUUUGCUUUUCUUUCAAAGAUAAUGAUUUUUCUCUAAUAUUUUCAUGUAUUUGUUUUACUGAUACAGAGGAAAAGAUAUAUAUAUAUAUAUAUAGAGAGAGAGAGAGAGAGAGAUUUAUAUAUGGAGAGGAAGAUAUCUAUACGUAGAUAUAUAUAUAUAUGUAUAUAUCUAUUUAUAUAUAUGUAUAUAUCUAUAAAGAUAUAUCAGGGCGCUGCUUAGCACUGGCAUAUGGAUGGUAGUGCUGGGGCUUGAACCUGGGACCUCAGGGCCUUAGGAAUGAAAGUCUUUUUGUAUAACCAUUAUGCUCUCUUCCCCAACCCCAGGACGUUUUCAUAAAGCCAUUCUGUCCUUUCCAUAGUGAACCCAGGAAGGCACAUGUUUACAUUGCUUGAUGUGGUUGUAGAUGAGUUACUGAAUCCCUAGUAAGCCAGAGAAUGUUAGCAUUCUUUUUGAAAUAAUUUUCAGUGAUUGGUUAAGAGUUUGAUUUAAAAAGAGAGAAAGGGGUUGGGUGGUGGUGACCUGGUUGAGCACACAUGUUACAAUGCACAAGGUCCUAGGUUCAAGCCCCCAGUCCCCUCCUGCAGGGGGAAAGCUUCACAAGUGGUCAAACAGAGCUGCAGGUGUCUCUCUGUCGCUUUCCCUCCUUAUCAGUUUCUCUCUAUCCAAAAGUAAAUAAAAGUCUUUUUUAAAAAAGAAAGAUAAGGGAGCUGGGCGGUAUUGCAGUGGGUUAAACACACAUGGGGCAAAGCUCAAGGACCGCUGUAAGGAUCCUUGUUUGAGCCACCAGCUCUCCACCUGCAGGGGAGUCAUUUCAUAAGUGGUGAAAAAGGUCUGCAGGUAUAUAUCUUUCUCUCCCCCUCUCUUUCUUCCCCUCCUCUCGAUUUCUCUCUGUCUUAUCCAGCAACAACAACAGCUAUACCAACAAUAACAACUACAACAAGGGCAAUAAAAUGGGAAAAAUGGCCUUCAGGAGCAGUGAAUUCGUAGUGUAAGCGCUGAGCCACAGCGAUAACCCUGGAGGCAGAGA